GGACGAAAUAAAAGCUGGUCUGAAGAAUAGUUCGUUUAAUGAAUCGCUUUCCAGCGAUUUGCAAAAUGAAGGCGAUGACGAGAUGCUUACUGAGCAACUCAAUGACCAACUGUAUGAGGAAGAAACAGAUGAAUUGCAGGAGUAUAUGAAGCUACAAGAAAAUUUACCAUUCAAGAUGCCCUCUGCCAAGCUUAUAGCCAACCGGAUAGAGUUUGAAAAUUUCGAGUAUUUAGAAAUCAGAGGAGAGCGUUGUUGCGGUUGUGCACAUAUUGCGAAUACGCGUGAUGAAUUAAUGAUUCACGCCAAAGAGCAACAUUCACAAGAUUACUUUCCCGAUAGCAGGUACACGUGCCCCACAUGUUAUCAAAAGUUUGCCAAAGAAGAAGCUCUUAAGAUACACAUCCAGUACUAUUCGUAUAACGAUAUAUUCCUAUGCACUAUAUGCCAGAAAGCCUUUAACCUACAUGACCAUUUAAUGCUGCACAUGAAACAAAGCCACCAUCUCGAACAAAACGAUAUGAAACUGGUGGCGGAACAUCCCGAUCCGUACACGCUCAAAAGAAAACUACCGUCCUCGCACAACGCAAUUCCGCUUAUGUUGCCAGAUUCUAAGUUUAUCAAAAGAUGCACAUUGAUGUUCCGCGAUGAGCCUUUAAUGCGACGGCACUUCCGUAACGUGCACAUGGAGAAUAAACCUUAUGAGUGUAGCUACUGUAAGAAGCUAUUUCGCACCAAAGAAUCGCUAGAUAUCCACCAACGAAGCCAUACCGGGGAGAGGCCGUUCCUUUGUCGUUUUGAAGGAUGUAAGAAACGCUAUUCUCAUGGAACAGAUCGUAAACGGCAUGAGCGGGCAGCGCACACUGGAGAAAAGCCUCAUACUUGUCCAAUCUGCAGUUUGGGAUUUUUACGAAAGAGAGAAAUGAGGUUGCACCAGAAAAAAAUUCAUGAACAAGUUUAG